AUGUUGAACUCCCAGUGGGUGUCACAAUUUAUAUAUAUUCUCGAUUGUUUAGGGAGCUAUCAUCGCAGAUCGAACGAAUCAAAGUUUCCAAACGAUCAUUCUCAAGUCGCAUAUUCUCUUGAAGCUACUUCCUCUCAUUCACGUGAAGUAGCUUACUUUUGCGGCUGUAGAUGGUCUGAGGUCCUUCGAACACAACCAGUCCAUUACGCCUCUAGCCAUUUGCAGGCCUGGCCUGUCAGUCAAUUGCUCGAUGAUUUCAGCCGGCUGCCUGAGACUUCAACCGCCAACCAGAGACUUGGCGACGACCUGCCCCAGCAUUCUCAAGAAGUCCAUGAAGCUAUGGUUUUUCCUUCAUUUUCUAUGCAAUGUCAACCGGCGGGGGCACAUCUUCAAUACAAUUUCUAUCUCAUGGUUUUCUCUCAGUCGGGGCGUCAUCCAACUAUCCAGACAGAUAUUUCGUCCAGUUUCUCACUCAGUCAGCUCUACCUGCCCCAGCAUUCUCAAGAGGUCCAUGAAGCUAUGGCAGGAGCACAUCUUCAAUACAGUCUCUAUUUCAUGAUUUUCUCUCAGUCGGGGUGUCAUCCAACCGUCCAGACGGAAAUUUCGUCCACUUUUUCACUCAAUCAGCUGCCUACCUUUCCUGCUACUUGUUGUCGAGAUGGAGACACGCUUCCCAAUCUUCCAAAGUUAGAAUGGGGGGUAUACUGUCGUUGUAUUUGUUGA